AUGCUUUGGCGGGGCCUUUGGACGAUAUCAAAGUACAUCCAGACGCUCAGAUUCAACUGGACUAGGAAGGAGAGCUCGUGGUCAUCAUCGGCCACGAUGCCAAAGACGUCAAGGAAGACCAGGCUCUCAAUUACGUAUUGGGAUACACAGCUGGGAACGACGUGUCUGCAAGGAACUUUCAACUGCCAGAUGCCUCUGGUGGACAAUUUUGUUAUGCGAAAUCAUUUGACGGUUUUGCACCUGUGGGCCCCGCAAUCUGGUCAACCGAGUCGGUGCCAGAUCCCCAAAAGCUUCAUCUCACGACAAUUGUCAAUGGGGAGGUGGUCCAAGAGACGGGUACAAGUGACAUAA